AUGGAGAUGACUGUGAUGGUGGUGGAAGGCAAUAGAGGUGGCGGUGGUAAAAAGGGUGGCGGUGGUGGAAGGUGGUGGCGGUUGAAGGCAGCGGAGGUGGUGGUGGAAGGCGGUGGUGGUGGUGGAAGGGGUGACAAAGGCGGUGGAAAGCAACGGAGGUGGUGGUGGAAGUGGAAGGCAAUGACAGUGAUAGUGGUGGAAGACGGUGGUGGUGGCGAUGGAAGACAGUGGCGAUGGAAAGCGGAGGCGGUGGUAGUGGUGGUAGUGGAAGGUGGUGGCAGUGUCGGUGGUGGAAGUAGUGGUGGUGAAGGUGGUGGUGGAAGGUGGUGGUUGUGGUGA